AUGGCCAAGAUCAUUCACCAAACCUCUAGAAAGAUGUCUCAGCUCUGCCGCAAAUUCGUUCAGGUCGACGUCCGGUGGGGCGUCCUCAGAAGGGUAUCCUUCGUUGGCCACUUUUUCCGCUUCAUUUGGAAUAGAAUUCUCGUUUGCUCCGUCGCCGGAAGGCCAUCCCACUACCGGAAAUUACCCCUCCGGGACCCCUCUUCUUCGCCGUCCGCCUUCGACUCCGAUGCCUUCCUCGCUGCCACCACUUGCGGCUAUGACUCCGACUCCGAUUUGGUGAACCUCAAGAUCAGCUUGUUGGGUGAUUGCCAUAUUGGAAAAACUACUUUUGUGAUCAAGUAUGUAGGGAAUGAACAAGAAAAGAGGAGUCUACAGAUGGAAGGAUUGAAUCUAAUGGACAAAACUUUGUCAGUUGAAGGAGCACGUAUUUCGUUCAGAAUAUGGGAUGUUGCAGGUGAUAAAAAGUCCCUGGAUCAAAUUCCCAUGGCUUGUAAAGAUGCAGUUGCAAUUUUGAUUAUGUUCGAUCUCACCAGUCGUUGUACACUAAAUAGUGUUGUUGGAUGGUAUAGUGAAGCAAGAAAGUGGAAUCAGAGUGCAAUCCCAAUUCUAAUAGGAACCAAGUUUGACGAUUUCGUUAGACUUCCCCCAGAUGUGCAAUGGACAAUUGUAACACAGGCAAGGGCAUAUGCAAAGGCAAUGAAGGCAACCCUUUUCUUUUCAAGUGCAACUCACAACAUAAAUGUCAACAAAAUUUUCAAGUUCAUCAUGGCCAAGCUCUUUAACUUGCCAUGGACAGUAGAAAGAAAUUUGAGAGUUGGAGAACCCAUAAUUGACUUCUAA